CGUUAUCCGACGAGUAGAAACUUAACGAAGUUGUCCGAGGCUGCAUCAGAGUUCUCUUCCACGACAGAAUUAUAUCAUGGCGUGUUGAAGUAUCUCAUCAGUGGAGUUCUUAGACCUUGGCUAGCUCAGGUCAGUAUGCGCUUGUAGAUUUUUUAUUUUUCGGUGGAAGUAGUCAUUGUUACUGUACUGGGUUCUUAUUCCAUAAACUGAAUUACGCUAAACUAGCCUUAUAUUUAUGCAAAAUAGUUACCACACGUGGAAACCUAAACUAUAUAUAAACCAACUUUAUUUAUAGUGGAUUAUACUUGUAUAUUUAUACUUUCAGUUCUAAACUGUUCUCCCUAGAGGUCCAGUAAGAAUAUCUCUCAUUGAUCCAGUGUUACUACAGGAAGAAACCUAAACUAAACUAACUUUAUUUAUAUUGGAUAGCUCUAUCAGUUCUAAACUGUUCUCCCUAGAGGUCCAGUAAGAAUAUCUCUCAUUGAUCCAGUGUUACUACAGGAAGAAACCUAAACUAAACUAACUUUAUUUAUACUGGAUAGCUCUAUCAGUUCUAAACUGUUCUCCCUAGAGGUCCAGUAAGAAUAUCUCUCAUUGAUCCAGUGUUACUACAGGAAGAAACCUAAACUAAACUAACUUUAUUUAUACUGGAUAGCUCUAUCAGUUCUAAACUGUUCUUCCUAGAGGUCCAGUAAGGAUCAUCUCUUAUUGAUCCAGUGUUACUGCAGGAGGAAACCUAAACUAAGCUAACUUUAUUUAUACUGGAUAGCUCUAUCAGUUCUAAACUGUUCUUCCUAGAGGUCCAGUAAGGAUCAUCUUUUAUUGAUCCAGUGUUACUACAGGAGGAAACCUAAACUAAACUAACUUUAUUUAUACUGGAUAACUCUAUCCGUUCUAAACUGUUCUUCCUAGAGGUCCAGCAAGGAUCAUCUCUUAUUGAUCCAGUGUUACUACAGGAGGAAACCUAAACUAAACUAACUUUAUUUAUACUGGAUAGCUCUAUCAAUUCUAAACUGUUCUUCCUAGAGGUCCAGUAAGGAUCAUCUCUUAUUGAUCCAGUGUUACUACAGGAGGAAACCUAAACUAAACUAACUUUAUUUAUACUAGAUAGCUCAUCAGUUCUAAACUGUUCUUCCUAGAGGUCCAGUAAGGAUCAUCUCUUAUUGAUCCAGUGUUACUACAGGAGGAAACCUAAACUAAACUAACUUUAUUUAUACUGGAUAGCUCUAUCAGUUCUAAACUGUUCUUCCUAGAGGUUCAGUAAGGAUCAUCUCUUAUUGAUCCAGUGUUUCUACAGGAGGAAACCUAAACUAAACUAACUUUAUUUAUACUGGAUAGCUCUAUCAGUUCUAAACUGUUCUUCCUAGAGGUACAGUAAGGAUCAUCUCUUAUUGAUCCAGUGAAUUCUAAUGACAGAAUGAACGUUCCUGUCAGCAUAUAUAGGCGUUUUUUCCCCACUGAAGAUUUUAACGUCAAAAAUGUUUUGUUAUGGUUUAGUUAAAAACUGAAGCAGCUGCUUGUUUAACUGACACGUUCCUUAGAAAACUGAGAGAUAUUGAAAAGGUAUGAUAGAAUUUUUCUGUAUUAUAUUUUGUUGUCUGACAACAUUAAAUUUAUUAAUGACUACAACAUAUGAUGUGAUAUUUUACAAUCGAUGCUAUCUUUGUAUAUUUUUUUAAAUACACUUUAACUAUGUAGAAUUUUCAUCCAGUCCUAGGACUUGUUCAAAAGUUCAUCCAGUCGUAGGACUUGAUCAGAACUUCAUACAGUCAUAAGAUUUGAUCAAACUUCAUCCAGUCCUAGAACUUGAUCAAAACUUCAUCCAGUCCUAGGACUUGAUCAAACUUCAUCCAGUCCUAGGACUUUAUCAAAACUUCAUCCAGUCCUAGGACUUGACUAAACAUCCAGUCAUCGGAAUUUAUCAAAACAUACCCGGAAACUAGCGAAAUUGUAUGGGGGUUUUCGUUUCCAGAUAUUUUGAUAUUUAAUUUUGUGCGUUCACGUGUUCUAACAAUUGUUUCCAAUAUUUACAGGCACACGGAGCAGGGCCUUCUCGUUCAUGUUUUAUCGACGCGUUGACCAGAAGAAUCAAAAGACUGCUUGUACUUCACGGACCUUCGACAUAA